CCAUGCAUCCCUAUAUAUACCGAUCCUCCGCACUGCCUGCCCUUGCGCUGGAAGAGCAGCCUCGCUGGGAGCUUGUCGUGUUCCCUCAAAGACACCCCCUCCCGCCAGCCGUCCCCGGCACCCCCGCCCGACCCCUGCAGCGGCCGCCGAUGUUUGUCAGCCCAAGCCCGGCCCAGCCCCGCCACCCCCAUGCCCGGGGAGAGAAGAGACUCCCCAGACAGGCAGCUGCUAUCUUAACGCCGAGCCCGGCCGGCGGGAGAACCUCCAGGAUCGGCUGAGCCUCCAGGGCGGACCCCGUCGAGGAUCCCUCGCCUUCUUCUGUUCCCCUCGCCUCGCUCCUGGCUCCCGUCUCCACCUCCACCGUCGGGCUCCCUCAUGGCUCCCCUAGCCGAAGUGGGGGGCUUCCUGGGCAGCCUGGAAGGCUUGGGCCAGCAGGUGGGCUCCCAUUUCUUGUUGCCUCCAGCCGGGGAGAGGCCCCCCUUGCUGGGCGACCGCCUGGUCCAAGUGGAAAGAGGGCCCCGGGGGGGCGUCGCGGCCGGCGCCCCGGAUCUAGCCCACUUGCAAGGCAUCCUACGCCGGAGGCAGCUCUACUGCAGAACGGGCUUCCACCUGCAGAUCCUGCCCGACGGCAGCGUCCAGGGCACGAGGCAGGACCACAGCCUCUUCGGUAUCCUUGAAUUCAUCAGUGUGGCAGUGGGAUUAGUCAGUAUUCGAGGGGUGGACAGUGGCCUUUACCUUGGAAUGAAUGAGAAAGGAGAACUCUAUGGCUCUGAGAAGCUCACUCCUGAAUGUGUCUUUCGAGAACAGUUUGAAGAGAACUGGUACAACACUUACUCCUCCAAUUUGUACAAACAUGGUGACUCAGGUCGGAGGUACUUUGUGGCGCUUAACAAAGAUGGCAGUCCCAGAGAUGGGGCACGAUCCAAAAGACACCAAAAAUUCACUCAUUUCUUGCCCAGGCCUGUGGAUCCCGAAAGAGUGCCAGAACUCUACAAGGAUGUGUUAAUAUUCAGUUGAAUUCAGCACAGAAGGGGAAUGGAAUCUUAGUCUGACUCUCAACACAAAGAAUUUGGACUACUGAGGAGAUCUAGAAAGCAGCAGUUGGACGGGCCAUUUAGCAGUAGAGAAGCCUUCAUUUCCUAAUGUCUGGAUUUGGGAGAAUGAGCCUCACAGUGAAGUGGACCAACGCCUUUUAGGUUUAUUUGAUGUCGUGCUGGUCAAGUAGAUGAUGGAAAGUUGAAACUGGACAAUUUAUGUACCAGACUGGGGCUCAAUGCCUCCGGACUAUUUCCUGCCUACUGUAGAAGAUGAAUAACUACCUAAAUGGAAUAAAUGAUUUUAAAAAAGAAGAAACAGCAAGCUGAUAGAGAAAAGAACACCAAGUGGACUGAUCAGAUGAAGUUCUGUUGACUUUGCUAACUUGGAAAUGAAAUUCAGAAUAUUUUUUUCUUUCAGGAUGGACCUAAUUUAUACACUUUCAGAUUGCAGAUAUUUAUUUUAAAUAUUUAUUUAUUACAGAGUUUAUUUUUUACUGGGCUAUGAAGAGAGUACAACCCUUUACCCUGACAAAAACCAUUUAUGGUGCCAAUAUUACUAUGUGCUUGUAUCACAGUACACAAAGAAAAGAGACAUUUCAUCAGAAAACAUUACAAAAAUUGUAACAUCUUGAAAAAUUGUUAUGAUGAGAUAAUAGCUUGGGGUUAUAU